AUGCUAUGCCGACAACGUCUAGCACGGCAACUCGCCGCGAGAGGCCCCUCGAGCUUCGCAUCUCGAAUUCGGCCAAAUUCUCUACCCCGCCAUUAUUCGAUAGGCACCCUCCUUCGACCCGCCGAGCCCAAGAUCGCGUGCUCGAGAUCCCUAGGAGCUUCCAGAGGCGUCGUUGUGUCGAACGCUAGCUUUUCCACCUCGGCCGCAACGAGGAAGGAGAAGAAGGACGCCGACUUCUUCGACGGACCUGUCGAGCCCCUGUCCGAGGAAGAGGCCAAGUCGAAUCUAGAGAAGAAGAAGAGGAAGAAGCUGGAUGAGCCUAAAGAGGAGGUGGGCGAUGCGAAGAACUCCAACGCGGAGUCCCCGUCGGGCCAGGGAGAGUCGCAGGAUGCCAAAGGCAGCAGUGCAGCGGGCGGCGCGUCGUCUGGGUCCGGUAGCGACGCCCCCAGCGACGGCGGCCGCAGGGGCCGAAAGUCCGCAGCCGAAAAAGCGCUGCAGAAACCCGUGGUGCCCGACGUAUACCCACAAGUCAUGGCGAUACCUAUAGCAAAGCGGCCGCUAUUCCCCGGGUUUUACAAGGCCAUCACGAUCAGGGACCCCAACGUCUCGGCCGCGAUAAUGGAGAUGAUCAAGAGGGGGCAGCCGUACGUGGGCGCAUUCUUGUUUAAGGACGAGAACGCCGACGAAGACGUUAUAAGAGACCCAGCAGACGUCUAUGACACCGGAGUAUUUGCGCAGAUCACGAGCGCAUUUCCGGUGCACGGCGAACACACCAGCCUCACCGCCAUCCUAUACCCCCAUCGCCGGAUCAAGUUGUCCACCCUGAUCCCCCCUCCAGGUCCUCCUGAGCCGGCUAAGGCGGAUGGCGAACCCCAACCUUCCCCCGAGCCUAUACCGAUCAAGGGAGGUGAAGAACCCCAGCAGGAAAAGAAAGGUGACGUGGUUGCCAGCUUCGAGGAGAGCGCGGUGGCCACACCCGAGAAAUACGAGCCCACGUCCUUCCUGCGAAAGUACCCGGUGAGUCUCGUCAACGUGGAUAACCUGUCCGAAGAACCGUUCGAUCCGAAGAGCCCCGUCAUCCGGGCCGUGACGAACGAAAUCGUAAACGUGUUCAAGGAGGUCGCGUCGAUGAACAGUCUAUUCAGGGAUCAGAUAUCCACAUUCUCUAUGAGCCAAUCGACGGGGAACGUCAUGGCCGAGCCGGCAAAAUUGGCAGACUUCGCCGCAGCGGUAUCUGCCGGCGAGCCCGUGGAGUUGCAGGAGGUCCUCGCCAGCCUAAACGUCGAGGAGCGAAUGCAGAAGGCUUUAGUCGUGUUGAAGAAGGAGCUUAUGAAUGCACAGCUACAGUCCAAGAUUACGAAGGAUGUGGAGCAGAAGAUCACGAAGCGGCAACGAGAAUAUUGGUUAAUGGAGCAGAUGAAGGGCAUCCGCCGGGAGUUAGGUAUCGAAUCCGACGGCAAGGAUAAGCUCGUGGAGAAGUUUAAAGAGAAGGCCGACAAGCUAGCUAUGCCCGAGGCGGUCCGGAAGGUGUUCGACGAGGAAAUUAACAAACUCGCCCAUCUCGAACCCGCCGCAUCCGAGUUCAACGUCACGAGGAACUACUUGGACUGGCUGACCCAGGUCCCCUGGGGACAGCGGAGCGCUGAAAAUUUUGGGAUCCAAAACGCGAUGAAAGUGCUGGACGAGGAUCACUACGGCCUCAAGGACGUCAAGGACCGGAUCUUGGAAUUUAUCGCGGUCGGUAAGCUCCGCGGUACGGUCGAGGGUAAAAUUCUCUGCUUCGUGGGACCGCCUGGUGUCGGAAAGACGAGCAUAGGCAAGUCCAUUGCUAGAGCCCUAAAUCGGCAAUACUAUAGAUUCAGCGUCGGUGGCCUCACGGACGUGGCUGAGAUCAAGGGCCAUCGUCGAACGUACGUCGGCGCCCUUCCCGGACGCGUCAUCCAGGCCUUGAAGAAAUGCCAAACUGAGAACCCUCUUAUAUUAAUUGACGAGGUUGAUAAGAUUGGCCGCGGCUAUCAAGGCGACCCGUCUUCAGCACUCCUGGAGCUGCUGGAUCCGGAGCAGAACAACUCUUUCCUAGACCAUUACAUGGAUGUGCCCGUCGAUCUGUCCAAAGUUCUAUUCGUCUGUACGGCAAACAUGACAGACACGAUACCGAGGCCUCUCCUGGACCGUAUGGAGGUUAUUCGUCUCUCUGGGUACGUUUCGGACGAGAAGAGAGCCAUUGCGGACAAAUACCUCGCCCCUGCGGCGAAGGAAUUGGCCGGCUUAAAGGGAGCAGACGUUUCGUUAACGGACGGCGCGAUCGACGAGUUGAUCAAAUCGUACUGCCGGGAGUCGGGUGUCCGCAACCUCAAGAAACAGAUCGAGAAGGUCUACCGGAAGUCUGCUUUGAAGAUUGUUCAGGAACUUGGGGAAGAGGUCUUACCGGAGUCUGCAGCCCUGACGGAGGACGGCAAGGCCGCCCUAGAAGAGUCUGAGAAGGAGAAGGAGAAGGAAGAUCGCGACGCUACCUCGUCAGAGGCGUCCGAGAAAGAAACGACAGAGAUACCACGCGUGCCUCUCAAGGUGCCUGAUUCGGUCCACGUCGAAAUUAACAAGGAUAACCUUAAGGACUACGUUGGUCCGCCCAUAUUUACUUCCGACCGCCUCUACGACGUGACGCCUCCCGGUGUUGCGAUGGGUCUCGCAUGGACUCAGCUGGGCGGUUCUGCCAUGUACAUAGAAUCCAUCCUCCAAUCUGCGCUGAGGCCCAGCAGCCGGCCGAGUCUAGAGAUAACGGGCAACCUCAAGACGGUGAUGAAGGAGUCCUCCGCCAUCGCCUAUUCUUUCGCCAAGGCGUUCAUGGCCAAGGAGUUUACCGAUAACCACUUCUUCGACAAGGCGAAGAUUCACUUACACGUGCCGGAAGGGGCAGUGCAAAAAGAUGGGCCGUCAGCUGGUAUCACUAUGGCGACCUCGCUCUUAUCAUUAGCGGUGGAGACCCCAGUCGAGCCCACAGUCGCUAUGACGGGAGAGCUCACCCUGACCGGCAAGGUGCUUAGGAUAGGGGGUCUGCGGGAGAAGACAGUUGCGGCUAGAAGAGCUGGCUGCAAGAUGAUCAUCUUCCCAGAGGACAACAUGUCCGACUGGCUAGAACUUCCAGAGAACAUCAAAGAGGGCCUCGAGGGCCGUCCAGCCAGCUGGUACGGCGACAUUUUCGAGCUCGUCUUCCCCAACCUGGACCGACAACGGGCGAAUCAUUGCAAGAUUUGCGAGUGGAAGAAGGAACACGGCACCAAAGCGGAGAGCCAAAAAGACGAAUAG